AUGUCAUUGUUAUACAUUAGUCAACAAAUUACAAUUUACGUAGGAUGGUUUCUUGUCAUUGCUGGAAUAAGUGGAAAUGGAUUAAAUAUUUCGAUAUUCACAAGUGUUCGUAAUUAUCGUCAAACUCCUUGUACAUUUUAUUUUCUUAUAACUUCAAUAGACAAUAUUAUUGUUCUGAUAGUUAGUCUUGUUUCUCGUAUAUUCAUUGCAGGUUAUCAUAUUGAUUUAACUCUUACAUCAACAUUCUGGUGUAAACUACGAGCAUAUCUCAUAAAUGUCCUUACAUUAAUUUCUUUUACUUAUUCAUGUCUGACUUCAAUUGAUCAAUUUCUAGUUACAUCAAGAAACGCUAAUAUUCGUCGUUUAAGUAAUAUCAAAUGGGCACAUAGGAUUAUGUUUAUUGUUAUCAUUGUAUGGUGUUUACAUGGAAUACCUCAAAUUUUAUUCUAUGAUAUUUCAUCAAUAACACAGACAUGUCAGAUCGUCAAUGUUAAAUAUUCUAUUUAUGCUUCAAUAUAUGUUCUUAGUCUUACUUGUGUCAUUCCAAUCGUAGUGAUGAUUGUAUUUGGAUAUUUAACUUAUCGUAAUAUUCAUUUAACAAGAGUUCUUGCUGAGCAACAAGCUGAUCAUCAGUUAGUACGAAUGACUUUGAUUCAAGUAAUUCUAGUUGUGAUUUCCAUAACUCCAUACGGAAUGAAUAAUGUUUAUGGUUUGAUUACAUCUUCAGUUAGUAAAGAUCCAGAUCGGACAAUAAAAGAAUCAUUUAUAUCGACAAUGUUUAGUCUAUUAGCUUAUGUCAAUUAUGUUGGAAGUUGCUAUAUGUUUAUGAUUUCAUCACGUCGAUUUCGUCGACAAAUAAAAGAUCGAAUCUUUUUUUGGAAAAGACAAAAUCGAAUAGCUCCGUUUCAACUACCUACACUUAAAAGAGCAACAUCAAAUAUCAGAGCAAAGAAUUAA